GUGAGUUGGAUGACACCGUGGGUGAUGAUGAUGAUUGUGGUGAUGACAUUAAUGUUGAUUGCGGCAAUGAUGAUAUUUUCAGCGACAAUGAUACGAUGGUCGCUCAAUGGUUGACAUGGAUUUCACAUCUUUGGGUUCAACUAGUCUGUUCAGAUACUCUUCAUAAGGAGGGGUUUAUUGGACUUCUUCCCGAUGAAAUCAUCAUUGAUAUCCUCAGUAGACUCCCAACUAAUUGUGUUUUAGAAUGUCGAAGGGUGUAUAAGAAGUGGUUGGCAUUAACUUCAAUACCAUAUUUUGCAUCUAAAAGAGCUGCAAAACGAGAUGAUGUAUGUGUGUUCUACCAUCCACUGACAAUGGAAUCUCGAGUUCUUCAAGUGCUCCAAAAAGCUAAUUGUUUUCAAUAUAACAUACUUACCAUUGGGGAUAAGUUGUGGAGAAAACUUGAUUUGGUCUCUUACCGGCCAAAGUGUUUUGCAACCCCAACAAUUGUAAAAAGAGAUUUGUAUUGGAUGGUUAAACACACAUAUGAAAAUGAAUACAACGUUCCUCCUUGCAACAACUCCAUCAUGAGGUUUAACAUGGGCACUGAACAAUUUUGCUCCAUGCCUCAUCCAGGAAAGGAAUGUCACUCACGACCAAUGCAUGAAAAGAUGCGGCUCUUAAAGUUGGGAGUGAAAUUAUGUUUUGGUUAUUUGGAUGCAAGAUUAAUUGAUAUAUGGCGAUUGGAGGAUGUUAAAAAUUGGUUAUGGGUGAAAACAUACAAGGUUAACCUUGAUUGGGAUGUGAAUUGUUACCCUUUUGUGUUUAGUGUUAUUGAUCCAUAUUAUUUGAACUUUGAAGUGAAGCUUUUGAAAAUCCAAAAUGGUGAGUUGUUGAUGGAUUGGUAUUCAAGAGGAUUGUUUGCAUAUGUUUUACCUCGGGGUACCAUCAGAAAAAUUGAUAAAGCAAGGAUGAAGAGGCCUGGGUGGCUGCAAUGCAAUUGAAUAUUAUCAAAUAUUCUCGCGGAGCAAGGAUGAAGAGGACUGGGUGGCUGCAAUGCAAUUGAAUAUUAUCAAAUAUUCUCGCGGAG